AUGCGCCCAGUAACCGCCUUCGCGACUUGGUGCUUCUGCGUAGCCCCGGUCCUAGCGGCUACGACUGGGACGGUGACACCCUUCAUUCCACCUGCGGUCCCGCUCGCUGUCCGAUCCCCUUACCUAUCGGUAUGGCUCAAUCAAGGCGGCACAGGCGUCGCUUUGAACGAUGCCUGGCCCUCUUUCUGGACCGCCGGCAGUGUGAGUAGGUGGGCAGGCUUAGCCAAAGUAGAUGGGGUAGCCUACAGCUGGAUGGGAGCACCUGAUGGACUGCCAGCCGGAGCGAACUUCACAAAGGCUACGCAAAAGAGCCUUGAUAUCACAUCCACCCAAAGUAUCUUUGUGAUGACGGCCGGCCCAGUCGACCUUACUGUCACAUUCCUCAGCCCCGUUGAGCCCGCCGAUUUUGUGAACCAGUCAAUCCCGUUCUCAUACCUCGCUGUAUCGGCUGCUUCGAACGAUGGCAAAGGUCACAGCGUCCAGAUAUAUUCCGAUAUCAGUGCGGAAUGGAUCACCGGCGACAAUAACCAAGAAGCUCGUUGGAGUAUGACUACGGGGAACAUUACCACACACAGCAUUUCCUUGGCCGUGCCGCAUUCAUACACGGAAGUUAAUGAUCGUAUGCAGGACGGUUUUGCCUACUAUUCCACUUUGACCAUCGACGGCACAACAUAUCGGUCAGGCCAGGAUACAGUUGUCCGAUCACAGUUCAUCAAUUCCGGAGUACUUGCAAACGUGCAGGACAGCAACUUCCGCGCUGUCUCGGACAACUUGCCUGUGUUUGCGCUCUCUCAUGACCUGGGAAAUGUCGACGCAUUAGUCUCCGCGCCGGUAGUGUUCUCGGUCGGGCACUACCGCGAUCCAGCCGUUCAAUAUAUCAUAGCAAACGGGACGCUUCAACCACGAAGUCUUGCUUUCUUGUCACGAUUCCCGCAAGCCAACACAUUGAUCUCAACAUUUCUCAAUGACUACAACGACGCUUUAGUGCGGGCCAAUGCUUUCGACGCAAAAGUUGCCCAGGAUGCAUCGAAAGUCUCCAGCGACUACGCCUCCAUUGUCGCUCUUUCUAUCAGGCAAACAUUUGGAGCCACCGAGAUUACGCUACCUGGAACAGGCUCGGAGAACUACAACACAUCUGACAUCCUGAUGUUCAUGAAAGAGAUAUCAAGCGACGGUAACAUCAAUACUGUCGACGUCAUCUUUCCAGCAUGGCCGCUCUUUCUCUACACCACUCCUACCCUCGGAAAGCAAUUACUGCUACCGCUUCUUGAGUAUCAAGCUUCGGGUCAAUAUCCAAAUGCGUGGGCCGUUCAUGAUAUGGGCAAUCAAUAUCCUAAUGCGACAGGUCACAACGAAGGCAAAGAUCCGUCAGAGACCGGCAACAUGCUCAUCAUGGCGUUGAGCUACACCCAGAGGACUAACGACACAUCGCUGGUUGAAACAUACUACGAUGUCCUCGACAAUUGGGCUCAGUAUCUCGUGCAGAACGCACUCACGCCAGCGAACCAGUUCAGUACCGACAACUUCGCGGGCGAACUCGCCAACCAGACGAAUCUUGCUAUCAAGGGCAUUAUUGGGAUCAAGGCCAUGUCUGAGAUUGCGGCUAUCAUGGGCAAUACAGGCUCGAGCUACGGCACCGUAGCGUCGCAGUACGCUCAGCAAUGGGAGAAGCUAGCUAUGGCUGCCGAUGGCACGCACCUGUCUCUGACUGUGAGUUUCCAUAUGCCCUGGGGCCUUGCAUACAACAUGUAUGCCGACAAAUUGCUUGGCACGAACAUCUUCCCGCAGUCUGUAUACGACUUGCGCAAGUCCUUUUAUCUCCUGAUAAUAUAUCAGCGAUAUUCCCGGAGACGCUUCGCUCGUAUGGCUUACCCGUUAUCGACAGGCUGGCAAAUGUUCACUGCAGCUACCCUUUCCGACAACGUUGUCCGUGACCUGUUGAUCGGCGCUGUUCGCAAGUAUGCCGCGGCUGGGAAUACUUCCCAACCAUUCGGCGACUGGUACGACACUAUAGAGGCCUCAUCCAUCGGCCCGCGCGCGCAGGGGACCGUUGGUAGCCACCUCGCACUGGUAUGA